AUGUCGAUGGACCCCCCUCCACCACCAGCUCCGGCUGGCGAUGCUGAUGCCCCGGCUGUCGCGCCGAAGGCUACACGCAGCGAAAGCUUCUCGUCACAGAAAUCCAACGACUCCCAAACUGCUGCUGAGUUUAUUAGAGACCAGAUGCAAUUGGAAGCUGACGCGCGCGAGGCUCUUCCCUAUAGCAUCGAAAGCUGUACCAAGAUUCUUGGAUCCCUGCGCCAGAGUGUAUUCGCCUGUCUCACCUGUAAUCCUCCGCCUGCCGAAUCGAAAGACCCAUACGAAGGUGCAGGCGUCUGUUAUGCUUGCUCUGUCCAGUGCCACGGCGAACAUAUUCUUGUCGAGAUAUUUACCAAGAGAAACCUCACAUGCGACUGCGGCACUAAGCGAUAUCCAUCUACCAGCCCCUGCAGGCUACGUAUCAACUCUGCCACUAAUACUAAAGGCGGCGUGCACUCAGAGGAGCCUGAUGCGAACAACAAGUACAAUCAGAACUUUAGAAACAGAUUCUGUGCGUGCGAGUGUGAUUAUGAUCCAUUCCAGCAGAAAGGUACCAUGUUCCAGUGCUUGGGACUGGGUACGUCCGAGACCGGCGGCUGCGGUGAAGACUGGUACCACCCUGGCUGCUUGGUUGGAAUGGGGCCCAACUGGUUUGAGGGUAUGAAGAAGGGGAAGACCACAACUGCGAAGGAGCCCACAGAAGCUACGGCUUUGCCCACAAUCUCGGAAGAUUCAGAAGCGCGUCUCGUGGACGAAAGAACAGCAGACAAGAAGCAGAAAGAGGAGGAGGAGGAGGAGGAGGAGGAGGAGGAGGAAGACGAUGAGGACCCUCCGAUGCCACCCGGCUUUCCAGGCGAGGACGAUUUUGAAGCAUUCUUAUGCUACAAGUGCGUCAAUGCCAACCCAUGGAUCAAGAAGUACGCGGGAGCCAAGGGGUUCCUGCCAGCUGUUUUCACGACGCAAAAGAAUGCUGAUGUAUCAAACACGGAGGAAACGGCUAAGAAACGAAAGGCAGAAGACGACGUCGACAUGGUAGAGGCUAAGCGGUUGAAAAGCACCUCCGAACUAGCCGAGGGUCGGCUUGACGGCAGUGAUCCGGAAACCAAGCCGGAGACCCAAGAAGCUCCGUCCGCUACAUGCCGGUGGGCUGGACUUCCAUCUCCGCCAGCCGAAGAAUUCUCGUUGUUUUUGAAAGAGGACUUCCGCAACAAUUUUUGUCGAUGUUCGUCAUGCUAUCCUAAUCUGGAUCCGCAUCCACAGCUGCUGGAGGAGGAGGAAACAUACGAGCCACCUCUGUCCGACGGCGGAAACUCGGAACACGGAGGCUCUACAAAUGGCAGCGGCAGCCUGCUAGAGCGUGGGGAAAGUGCCCUUCGCAAUGUCGACCGUGUUCGUGCGAUCGAAGGCGUCAUGGCGUACAACCACCUCAAAGACCAGUUAAAGCCUUUCUUCCAACAAUUUGCAGAGAGUGGCAAAGCGAUCGGCGCAGAGGACAUCAAGACCUACUUUGCCAAGCUCAGAGGCGACGACCAGGCCAUCAAGGACGCGGGAGGGGCGGCCAGUGGUUCAAAGGACGAUAAGGACGACCAGCGUCGGGAGCAAAGUGGUUACUGA